AUGUUGUGCGUAGGUUAUGAAAAAUGCAAAAGUACCGAAGACGUGUUCAGAUUCGAGGGAAAUAAAUCACACACAGAUUAUUUUCGUCUCGUUGUAAAAGAUGGCGGCCACCUUCUUAUCGGAGCGAGGAAUUUGGUUCACAAUCUUUCAUCGGUGGAUUUAACGGAAACUCAGAGGCUUUCGUGGUUUUCACCUGAAAAAGAUAUCCACAUGUGUGUCGUCAAAGGAAAAGAUGAGGAAAUAUGUCAGAACUUUAUUAGAAUAUUAGUCCGACCGAGUCCUGAUAAACUUUUACUGUGCGGUACAAACGCAUUCACUCCAGUUUGCAGAGAAUAUUCUUAUCAGAAUGGAGAUUACAAAGUAGAAAAAGAAAAAGAUGGAAAAGCCAUGUGUCCUUUCGAUCCUCAUCAUAAUAGCACGGCCGUUUAUGUUGAUGGAGAAUUAUACACGGGUACCGUCGCUGAUUUCGCCGGUAUCGAUCCGAUAAUAUAUCGUGAACCAUUACAAACGGAACAUUAUGUGUCACUGAGUUUAAACGCUCCAAAUUUCGUUAAUUCCAUGACUCAGGGUGAUUACGUAUACUUUUUCUUCAGAGAGACAGCGGUGGAAUACAUAAACUGCGGAAAGACUGUUUAUUCAAGAGUCGCAAGAGUUUGUAAAUACGACAAAGGUGGUCCACACAGACUCCGUGAAAGGUGGACGUCGUUUUUAAAAUCCAGACUUAACUGUUCCGUUCCCGGAGAUUUUCCAUUUUAUUUUAAUGAAAUUCAAUCGACGACGGAUCUCAUAGAGGGAACGUACGGCGGAAUAAACGCUCAACUCAUUUACGGCGUUUUCACGACUCCUCCAAACAGCAUAAGCGGUUCCGCCGUGUGCGCGUUUUCCCUGGAAGACAUAACGAAAACGUUCGAGGGAAGUUUCAAAGAACAAGAAAGUCUCACAUCGAAUUGGCUUCCCGUUUUAAAUACAAAAGUGCCAGAUCCGAGACCUGGACAAUGCGUCAACGAUUCCAGAACUCUACCUGAUUUAACGUUAAAUUUUGUAGAAAAUCAUUCGCUCAUGGAUGAAUCCGUUCCGUCGUUUUUCAAACAGCCCAUCGUUAUAAGAGCCAAUUUUCAUUAUCGAUUCACUCAAAUCGCCGUGGAUCCUCAAGUUAAAACGCCCGGAGGUAAAGCAUACGACGUUUUAUUCAUCGGAACGGAUAAUGGUAAAAUUUUGAAAGCCAUCAACGCGGAUUCCGCCGACAGCACGGAACGCAUAAGUUCGGUUGUCAUAGAAGAAAUUCAAGUUUUCCCAUCGAACGUUCCAAUUCGAAAUUUAAAAGUCGUCAAAGAUUCUUUCGUACCCGACGGAAGACUCAUCAUCGUGACGGAUUCAGAAAUCAAAUCCAUAAGACUUCACAGGUCGAUGAUAAUUAAACGAAACGACUCGUGCGAAUGCGUCGCUCUACAGGAUCCUUAUUGUGCUUGGGAUAAACAAAGUCAAAAAUGUCGCGCUUUCGGAGGUUCCAAAUGGAACGAUGAAAAAUAUUAUUAUCAGAGCGUCGCCACCGGAAGUCAUCCGGCUUGUCCACAGAGUAAAAUUCAUAGCGAAGCCGAAAGUGUUUCGUACGCCAAGUCUUUUAACACGGACCGCGGAAAAGAUCUACAAAAUGGCGAAGUUAUAAAUAUAAUGCAAGAUGAUCAGAGGAGUACCGGACCGGAAGUUAGCGCGGCGGAUAGUCCGCUUCUUCAGUAUUCUGUUGAAACGUUGGCAGUUGCCGUGAUAGCCGGAUCCGUUGUCGCAUUGAUUGUUGGUUUUAUAUCCGGUUAUUUUUGCGGGAGAAAAUGUCGGAAAGACGAAGAUGAUAAUUUACCCUAUCCCGAUACGGAAUAUGAAUAUUUCGAACAGAGACAACACGUUAACAGGUAUGUUCGAAUGCCUUCCGCGCCGAAACUUUUACCGCAAGAGGAAGUUACUUAUGCGGAACCCGUACUAGUUCCGGCUUCGAACAACGCUUUGCACUCACCGAAAAACACGUUGAGAAAGGCACACAAUCCGAACAAUGCGGAAACGCUUUUCCAAUUUUCAGACAAUUACACUCCACCAUAUGGACACCAACGCGGACGUGACAAUUUUGGAACCCUCAAAUCCGAAGGGUAUCGAGGAGGAAGGAAUCCGGACGGAUUCGGAACGACGGGUCGAUCCGUUAAAAAAACGAGCGGGGAGGACGCAAGGGGUCACCGGAGCUUGAGCCGACCCGCGAGGCAGAGGCAUCGCGGGGGGGCCCCGCACCCCCUGGCUACUAGCUCGCCCCCUUCCUCAGCGUCGUCGUCCUCCCCUUCGCCCCCGUCAUCCUCUCCGUCGCCACCGAACGGCACUCCACCUCCCUGUAGUUUUAUAUACCGCACUUAG